ACAAUACGAACCGUUGGAACAGCCAGCUACCGUUUUUCACUGUUAAUCGAACGUACCCGUCAUAACAUAACGUACCUUGCUCUUUCAAGAAAAUAGUAUCUUGAUCAACCUUGCCAAUCGUCGAGAACAAGGAACGUUUUCGUUCAACGUAAAAAGUAAAGAGGACAAAUACUAUUGUACCUGAAGUGUAUUUUCCAAGACUUGAUUAUUAUUCAUCAAGAAGAAAUUCUGAGGACAAUUUCGAAGGUUCUAGAGAAGACGGCCUAAGAAUGAGUGCGCCUCAAUUAACAACAUCAACAAAGAAGUAUUGGGAUUUGAAGGACAAGACGGUGAGGGCAGAAUAUGUAUGGGUGAACUUUUCUAAUCAUUUUUGGAAGAUAUUCAGUAAAACAAGAAACCUUGAUUCAAUGGAAUGGUCCGCUCCGAUUUUCAAAUCUGCGAAAAUCCCCAGAUGGAAUUUCGAAGACCUGUACAACUCGGGAUCUUUACAGCCAGCGGUAAAUUUUGAUGAUCCCUUCCGACCUAAACAUAGCUACAUCACCUUGUGUGAAACCUUCCUGGAGGAGGAGGUGCCCAUGCCGUUUACGCGGUAUCGUAAGGACUGCCGCACUAAAGCUACCGUGGCUCGUUUGGACGGCCAUUAUUUCCACAUCGAGCAAGAAUUUCAUUUCGAAGAGUAUGCCAACAUAGAGUUAACUAUUGCACACAAGGACGUCAUUAGAAAGGUGUUAGACUGCUUUUAUAAGGCUGCUAAUUACGCCGGCUUAUGCAUAUGCUCUUUCAACUUGCGCAAUAAUCGCCUUUUUAAAUACGUGACUGGACCAAGCAAUGCCCUGCGCGUAUGCGACGAGUUGUGGAUGUCUCGUUUCAUUUUCCAACGCGUCGCAGAAGAAUUCCACUUGACGCCUUGUUUCGGUCCACUAAUAUCGGGCGACGUAGCACACAAUACUUACAUUUUUUCAUCAUUUAAUAUGCGCGAAGGAAGCGAUCAAGAAGCAAUGGGCGAGGCUCAGAUUUGGUUAGAAGGAUUGCAAACUAAAUUUACCCGGAUGAUGCGAUCUAGCAUCAUCUUCGAUGAGAGGAUAAGGCCGUCACCUACCUACGCUUUAUUUGAUAAUAAAGGUCGUACGCAUCUCGAAUUAAAAAUAGCAUGUGACAUUGAUCCGUACGUAGUCACAAAAUCAAUUAUUAUGGCAGCUUCUUCAAUUGAGUUUAAUGUACAAAAUACUUAAUUACUUGCUUCAUUCGUUUAUACUUAUCUUUAUAGGCUAACUAGUAUUAGUCUGUCACACUUUAGUUACUAUGUUGAAAUAUUAUUACGACGUCUAUACAUGUCCUUAUAAUUUUAUUGCCUAGCUUGUUACUUAAUGCUCCGUUCGCAUUCGAUGCGCUCGCUUGCCUCAAUCUACCAAUCAUACAAAUUUCAAUCCUAAUAAAUAUUAAGAAA